GACGAGCUGGAUCAGCUGACACCAGCCUGCUUCUCCUUUUGAUGCUCUUCCUCCUCCAUCGACCGUCAGCGCUUCUCGGAUCAGUAUUUUGUCGCUAUCUUCGCGUCGCUGGCAUCUGGUUUGAGGUCUGAGCCCAGUGAGCCUCGCUGGUCCAGCAGGUUACGGCCGGAUCGAUGCUGCUAGAGUGGAUGAUGAACGGACACGCCAUUCUUUACACGGGGGUCACUUUGGCCUUCUGGACCACCAUACUAGUCGUCGGUAUCUGCUACACCAUAUUUGACCUUGGAUUCCGCUUUGAUGUGGCAUGGUUCCUGACGGAGACCUCUCCCUUCAUGUGGGCCAACCUGGGCAUCGGUCUGGCCAUCUCUCUGUCUGUGGUCGGAGCUGCCUGGGGGAUCUACAUCACUGGCUCGAGCAUCAUCGGCGGUGGUGUGAAGGCUCCACGGAUCAAGACUAAGAACUUGGUCAGCAUCAUCUUCUGUGAAGCUGUUGCAAUCUACGGGAUCAUCAUGGCUAUUGUCAUCAGCAACAUGGCCGAGAGCUUCAGCGGAAACACCCCCGAGACCAUCGGGUCCAGAAACUACCAGGCUGGCUACUCCAUGUUCGGCGCCGGCCUGACCGUGGGCUUUUCCAACCUUUUCUGUGGAAUCUGUGUCGGCAUCGUGGGCAGCGGAGCGGCUCUGGCGGACGCCCAGAACGCCAGCCUCUUCGUCAAGAUCCUCAUCGUGGAGAUCUUCGGCAGCGCCAUCGGCCUGUUCGGCGUCAUCGUGGCUAUUCUGCAGACGUCGAAAGUAAAGAUGGGCGACUAGAAGACGCGCUGAGAAGAGAAGAACACUGCUGGAAUAUUAAGAUGGAUUAUUGUGUAAAUACAUCGUAAAUUAUUUAAAUGUCUCUAUUGGCCUGGUGUUGUUUUUAAACCGUCGUUCAUGCAGGAGUGGUUCACGCUCGCUCUGCUGUCUGGAGGGAGACGUCAAUGUUGGAUAAGGGGAACAAAAAAAAGUGCUUUUAUUCAGUGGAAAUGUAAACGUUGUGCCGGGUUCUAGGUGGAGGCUCGUCUCCUCACAGCAGAGACGCUCGCUCUCUGAACUCCUGGAGAGGUCCGGCACGUUUCCACGCCGUCCUUUAUUUCUCACCACUCUUGUUGAAUGCUGGUUUAAAAAUAACACCAGAGUAUUUGAAAAUAUUUCUGUGUGCGUGUGUGUGUGUGUGUAUGCGUGUGCGUGUGUGUGUGUGUGUGUGUGUAUGCUGGACGUGUGAUCUUUUUUUUUUUUCCUUCUUCCUGUGAAGCAUGAGGUUGUUUAUCAUUGUGUUGGUAGCCUGGUCUGUCUGUCGGUCGCUUGGUCAGUUUUUAUGUCUUCUUUGCUCAUAAGCAUGUGGUCCUUCAUCCACACAGAGUCUUUAUCUACAAUCAUGACUGAAGUCACAGUCGUUUGCUUUUUGGGAGGCCCGAUAGAUCUGCAGUUUGUUUCCUUAGCUUUGGAAAAUGCUACGAUGUCGACGUUUGAAUCCUCCCGAUCAUAACCGGUAGUCAGAACUCCCCGCUAGAGAUCCGUCCUGUCCCAGCUGUGAUCCUUUCCUGUAGUUGUGCGUAGAUGAAUCCUCAUGAAGGAUGUAGGAUUGUAGCGUGUCGGUUCAGAGGAAGCCAAAAUAAAUCUUUGCCCAACGUCAGCGUGAAAGUGAACUUUAGGAAAUCUAAAGUGUCUAAGCCGCUCUCCUCUUUAACCUCCCAUGAACCCAGACAGGAAGUGAGGAUCUGUUUAGUCACCAUUAAGUAUUACCAGCUGGUCUGUUUCCCAAAACGAUGGACUCUCUUCCAUCAUCGCAGGUUUUAAACGCUCUUAUUUUACACAAACAUGUAGUUCUACGAGUCGCCGUGUUACUUCAUGUUUUAGUAAACUCUUGUUUUGAAUGUAAAGGUUGAUGUUUGACUGCUGAACAUCUGUUUUCUAACAUUCCUUUGUUUGUGGGUAGAAGGUAAAAGCAGGCGACGUUAGCCUCCUGCAGCAGAGCCGUCAUCACAGCUCGUACAGAUGUUCUUCAGCUGCUGGUUUCAGUGUUUACAUGCGUGUUUAUUCCUCCUGAUCGUUUGGCUUCCAGCUGCCAGUAGAACGUAGACGCUGCAGAGAGCGACUCGCUGAGUUCGGUGACAGACCACGGCUCGUUGUGACUCGUCUCAUAUCUUGUGAUUUUUCCUCCUUUGAACCAAACACGGGGAUACGUGUCUGUAGAACAUGUAUAACUGGACUCACGGCGGUGUCGGAGCAGCGACACCGUCUUUGUCCCUGUAAGUAAUGAAAUCCAAAAGGCCGUGGUGGACCCGGUUCUGGACCGGACCCGCGGCUGUCAGUGACUGUAGGUGGUGCUGUGUGUGCGUUAUGUUGACGUGAUGGUGAUCAGCUGAUUAACUCAUUGUUUUUUGACAUGUUGUGUAUUAUAAUAACAAAAUCAGAUUUUCCUUCCGGCUUCAUAAAUGUCCUCGAAAAUAAAAAUGGUUCAGUCAAGA